AUGGCAUACGCAACACACCCUGUGAUUCGUUCCUAUAUGGACGAUGUCACGCCGAAUUGCAAGGAAGACAAAGUUGAUAACAUGUGGCUAAAUAUUGCCCAAUUUUACUUCCCUCUACGGGACAACUUCGGGUGCGAGCGAGAAGCUAGGAUAGUUAGCUUGGUACGCAAUGGAAGGAAAGCAAAAGUCCUGUUUAUCGAAAACAAACGACCAUCGAAAGCGAAGGGCGGGCCCAAAAGGUCUUCUUGGGAGCGUGCGAAAUCUCAGUUACUAAAUUAUAUGCUGAGGGAGAGACACGUGCAGCCCGACUUGACCGGAGAUCUACGGAGUAUGGGGAAUGGUUUGCGUGGGGUUCAGGACCGAGUUUUUUGUGCUACGUGA